GCUCUCUCACUCUAAAACUUUUCUCUUGCCUUUUUAGCCGCUGUUGCAGAGACCUUCUUCUUCUCUCUCUCACACUCUCUCUCUCUAUCUGGCGCGCGCUGGGAGAGAGAGAGAAAAUCAGCUCUACUCAACUCAACCCUCUCAGAUUUCGAUAAGUCAUUCUUAUCAUUUACUAAUCUCACUCCGCAGAAAAUCCUUAUUGUCAACGGUCGUGAUCUUCUCGUCUUCUCAUCAUACGGCUAGGGCUACCUUGUCGGCGUCUCCUACGGAGCAAAUUGUACCUUUUUGAUACUUCUUAUGGAGCCUAAUGGUCAUAGGAAAACAGGAAGAAAGGAACCUACCAUUCAAGGAAAUAAUGACAUGACUUUGACAAAUGAUGCCAAUGAUCUUGACCCUUGGACUGCAUGGGCAUACAAGCCUCGUACUAUUUCUUUGUUACUUGUUGGUGCAUGCCUUCUUAUUUGGGCAAGUGGAGCUCUUGAUCCAGAAAAUAGUUCAUCUGAUGAUCUUGUUACAUCUGUGAAGAGGGGCGUAUGGGCAAUGAUUGCAGUCUUUCUUGCUUAUUGCUUACUUCAAGCACCUUCAACGGUACUCAUUAGGCCACAUCCAGCAAUUUGGCGCCUUGUUCAUGGAAUGACAGUUGUGUACCUUGUUUCUCUUACUUUUUUGCUCUUUCAGAAGCGUGAUGAUGCUCGGCAAUUCAUGAAAUUUCUACAUCCUGACCUUGGUGUUGAACUUCCUGAAAGAUCAUAUGGAGCAGAUUGUCGUAUUUACAUCCCAGAGAACCCCAAGAGCAGGUUUAAGAAUGUUUAUGAGACAUUGUUUGAUGAAUUUGUUCUAGCUCAUAUCUUUGGAUGGUGGGGCAAAGCUAUAAUGAUUCGUAAUCAGCCUCUUCUGUGGGUUUUGUCCAUUGGGUUUGAGUUGAUGGAGCUUACAUUCCGCCACAUGUUACCAAACUUCAAUGAGUGCUGGUGGGACAGCAUUAUUUUGGAUAUUUUAAUCUGCAAUUGGUUUGGGAUCUGGGCUGGAAUGCGUACCGUCCGGUACUUUGAUGGAAGAACAUAUGAGUGGGUUGGUAUAAGUCGCCAACCAGAUAUCAUUGGUAAAGUAAAACGAACAUUAGGCCAAUUCACUCCAGCACGAUGGGACAAGGAUGAAUGGCAUCCUUUGCUUGGUCCAUGGCGUUUCAUCCAAGUUCUUAGCCUUUGCAUUGUUUUCUUGACAGUGGAGCUCAAUACAUUCUUCCUAAAAUUCUGUCUAUGGAUUCCUCCUAGAAAUCCUCUCAUUGUGUAUAGGUUGAUCUUAUGGUGGCUAAUUGCAAUACCAACCAUCCGCGAGUACAAUUCAUACCUACAAGACAGAAAACCAGUGAAAAAAGUAGGAGCAUUUUGCUGGCUUUCCCUAGCUAUAUGCAUAGUUGAACUCCUUAUAUGUAUCAAGUUUGGCCAUGGCUUAUUUCCCAACUCAAUGCCUCUAUGGUUGGUCAUCUUCUGGGUAUCUGUUGGUGUAGCCCUUGUAAUAUUCUUGAUCGUGUGGUCAUGGCAAUUGCAUCGAACCAUGGGUAGAAAGAGGCAGUAAUUUUGUCUGUGGUACACCAUUUUUUCAAUUUAUUCCUGAUUUCAGGGGUAGCAAUCCAAUUUGUACAUAUUGAUAACCUUAAUGAUGUGUAAAUGUUCAUGCCUAAUCACAGAAGAAUGAUCUGGCAAGUUGAGAAUAUUCUGUUUGGGUAGCAAGCAAAUAACUUUUCUUCAUUUGGUUGAUAAAACCGAUAUGAGUAUUCUUCAAA